AGUGAAAACAUGUAUGCCAGUCGAAUAUCAAAGUGAAGCUUCAAAACUUGUGUUGAAUACCUUUCCUAUAGACGUGUUUAUAAAUAUAUUUUUUUUAAAUUCAAAAUGGGAGUUCCAGCAUUUUUUCGCUGGUUAAGUAGAAAAUAUCCAAGUGUUAUUAUCGAAUGUGUUGAAAAUAAGACUGAAGGACCAGAUGGCAAAUGGGUUCCCGAAGAUGCAACACUACCAAAUCCGAAUGGUAUUGAAUUUGAUAAUCUCUAUUUGGAUAUGAAUGGAAUCAUUCAUCCGUGCACGCAUCCAGAAGAUAAGCCAGCACCAAAAAAUGAAGAUGAAAUGAUGGUGGCCAUUUUCGAAUGUAUCGAUCGCCUCCUCAAUAUUGUACGACCACGAAAAGUGCUGUACAUGGCCAUCGAUGGCGUUGCACCACGUGCUAAAAUGAAUCAACAACGAUCCCGACGUUUUCGUGCAUCAAAAGAAACAGCCGAGAAACAAUUAGAGGUGGCACGAAUAAAGGAGAAAUUACUUUCGGUCGGUGCAAUUGUACCGCCAGAAAAGGAAAAAGGUGAACAUUUUGAUUCGAAUUGUAUUACACCGGGUACACCGUUUAUGGAUCGACUGAGCAAGUGCUUGCACUAUUACGUUCACGAUCGUUUAAACAAUAAUCCGGCUUGGAAGGGAUUGAAGGUAUUUCUAUCGGACGCUAGUGUUCCGGGUGAGGGUGAGCACAAGAUUAUGGACUUCAUUCGUAGGCAACGAGGUCAACCAAAUCACGAUCCAAACACGCAACAUGUAUUGUGCGGUGCUGAUGCCGAUUUAAUUAUGCUUGGAUUGGCAACGCAUGAGCCAAAUUUCACAAUUAUUCGUGAAGAAUUUUUACCAAACAAGCCACGUCCAUGUGAAAUUUGCGGUUCGGUGGGCCAUGAAAUGGGUAGCUGUGAGGGUAUAAUGCCAGCAACUGCAGCCGAAACAAAUAUACAAAUAUCGGCCGAAGUGAAAUUUAUUUUCGUUCGUUUGUCAGUGCUUAAGGAAUAUUUGAAGAGAACAUUGCAAAUGCCAAAUUUACCAUUCCCAUAUGAUUUUGAGCGUGUACUUGACGAUUGGGUGUUUUUAUGUUUCUUUGUUGGCAAUGAUUUUCUACCGCAUUUACCAAGCUUGGAAAUUCGAGAGGGGGCCAUCGAUCGUCUAAUUGGUUUAUAUAAAAAUUGUGUAUAUAAAACAAAUGGAUAUUUGACACAUUCGGGUGAAGUAAAUUUGGAGCGUGUCCAAAUGAUUUUACGUGAUUUGGGAAUGGUUGAAGAUGAAAUUUUUACACAACGACAAAAGAAAGAGAUUCAAUUUCGUGAACGUAACAAACAACAAAAUAAGCGAAGAAAAUUAGACACACCAAACUUUCAGCAUAUGCACAAUUCACAAUUUGCACCGACGCAAUUGGGCAAAGGCUUUCAACCGCAAACCAUCAGAAAUGUACGAAACGAAAUUGCAAAUUUUCGACGAGUGGAUUUUCAGAAUGAACAAAAAUCCGAUUUGGAAAAGUUUUUAGAGCCAAACAGUGGCAACGUCGCAUCAACAACGAUAAAACCAUCCGGCAGUAGAAAGCGGAAACAUGAUGACGGUGGCGAAGAGAAAGAGGGAGACAAUGAAGCCGAAGGCGAAGCUGAAGCCGAGGAAGAAGAAGACCCGGAUGCAAAUGAUGAAGUUCGACUAUGGGAACCGGGCUUUAAAGAUCGAUACUAUGAAUCGAAAUUCGAUGUUGGUGCAGAGAAUUUACAAUUUCGUUAUUCGGUUGCCUUGCAAUACGUUCGUGGACUUUGUUGGGUCCUCAAAUACUAUUAUCAAGGUUGUGCAUCAUGGAACUGGUAUUUUCCAUAUCAUUAUGCUCCAUUCGCUUCUGAUUUCAUACACAUUGCCGGUUUAUCGACACAAUUUGAAAAGAAUACAACACCAUUUAAUCCACUGGAACAAUUGAUGGGUGUUUUUCCAGCUGCAAGUAGUGUACAUGUACCAAAACCAUGGGCUAAACUAAUGUCCGAUCCAGAAUCCGAAAUCAUUGAUUUUUAUCCCGAAGACUUUAAAAUUGAUUUAAAUGGAAAGAAAUUCGCAUGGCAAGGAGUUGCUUUACUGCCUUUUGUCGAUGAAAAAAGAUUAAUCAAAGCACUUGAACCAUAUUACAAAAAAUUAACACCAGAAGAAGUGAAGCGCAAUAAAAGAGGUGAAGAUAAAUUGUAUGUUGGACCGGAUAACAAAGGAUUUUCAACGCUAUUAGCAUUGUAUAAAAAGAACACGGAUCCAACAACAGAGACACCUAUUUGUAUUGACGGAGUUCAAGGCACAGUUUUAGUAUCUGACGAAAAUAUACCGGCAGGAAAAUCACUUGAAUCACCAAUUUACGGUCUUGACGACAUUUACAACAAUAAAAUUGUAACAAUACUAUUUCGUGAUCCGAAAUAUCCAGACGGAUUCAUUUUUGAAUCAAAGCCAUUACCGGGCGCAAUUGAACCGCCAAAUGUACUGGCACCAGAAAAUCGACCAUCAAAUUAUCGGCCACAAAUUGGUUUCAAUCGAAACUAUGGACAAGCAUCACUUGGCGAUGCUGGCCAUCGAAUGGUCAAUCAUCAUUCAGGUGCGUAUAAGCAUCACCAGCAACAACAGCAGCAACAAUACAACAGUGACAAUAGAAACUUUGCCACAAUUGGACCACCAAACAGUUACAAUCGACAGAAUGACGGCGGAGGAUACAAUACACAAAAAUGGAGUCACGGUAACAGCGGUAAUUAUCAGCAGAAUCGCCAAACGGGCUAUUCGAAUAAUUACAAUAAUUAUUCAGGCCAUGGUAAUCAGCCGUAUCAUCGUCAAAAUCAACAAGGGCAUUUCCAACAACAAAAUCGAAACAAUCGAUUUCCAUCGCAUCAACAAAGGUCAAACAAUAAUUUUGGUCCAAAUGGUGGCGCAGGAAAUAGUGGUUUUAAUCGGAACCAGCAAGGCAAUCGUAACCAGCAAGGUGGUGGUGGCAGUGGCAGUGGCAGUGGUGGAUAUUGGCGAUAAUUUUUUUUUAUAAUUUUACUUAUUUUACAAAAAAUCGAUUGAGGAAUUGAUUUUUAUUCAAAUUGAUGUGAAUAUAUAUCAAAAUAAAUAAACGAAAUUAUCAUCACAGGAUAUGAAUUGAGGAA